AUGGUUUUUCAAAUUUUGUUGAAUUAUAAACAAUGUAAGAAAAAUGGUAAAGAAUAUGGCAUCUGCGGCGAUGGACACACUUCUAUUUGCUCGUCGACAUCAAUUACAGAUCCAGAAAAUGGUUGCGGAUAUGCUGCUUGGUGCCGAAAAUCGGGUCAUUCUGGUGGAAUAUGUGGCGAUGGACACACAUGCAUAUGUACAUCGGGUAACACACAAAAGCAGGUCGAAGACCAUACCCAUGGACAACACAAACUGAUGAUCAUCGAUGAAACUGGUGAUAUGCUAACUGAUCAACUACGACAAACAAUGCUGGAUGUCUUCUUCAAAAUAUAUCCGAAACUUGUCUUACGGUUCAAUCCUAACGCAAGAAAAUCUGUCAAAUUUAGAAUUGAUCGUCGUCAAUGGUGGUAUUGCUCAUGCAUGAAAGUUACAUGUACAAUAUCUUACGGAGAUGUUGUUAUUACUAUGCUUACGGCAGAUGAAGUUCUUGCAAAAGAUAUUAUCAAGCAGGCACUAGAGAAACUCCACAUUCCACUAGAAGAAUAUGAUCGUUUUGAAUUAAAUGUAUUAGAAGAUCCAGAAAAUCCAAGUGGAGUUAAUGAAAAUUCAUCCAUAGCUGAGAUUAGAGAAGAUUUACCCGAUGGUAUGACUACUAUUCCGUUUUUGUUACUCAAACAGUAA